CCACUCGUAACAGUUUCACGACAUCAUAGAGUGCAUAUAAAUUUUAAUAAUUUUCAUAAUUCUAACCACAACAACAACAACAAUGGGUGGCGUUUGGUUUACCCUAGCGGUGUUGUUACUGGCCCUCAGCUCCGUCGUCCGGUCAUGUCCGCCGUCGGACAGGGCGGCGCUACUUGCCUUCAAGGCGGCUCUCCACGAGCCUUACCUCGGAAUCUUCAACUCGUGGACCGGCGACGACUGCUGCCACAAAUGGUACGGCGUCAGCUGCGACCAAGAUUCCCGCCGCGUCGCCGACAUCAACCUCCGCGGCGAGUCGGAGGAGCCAAUCUUCGAGAAAACCCACCGCACAGGCUACAUGACCGGAUACAUCUCGCCGGCGAUCUGCAAGCUCUCUCGUCUCUCCAGCAUCACCAUCGCCGACUGGAAGGGAAUCUCCGGCGAGAUCCCCCGCUGCAUCUCCUCCUUGCCGUUCCUCCGAAUCAUAGACCUAAUCGGAAACCGAAUCUCCGGCACCAUCCCCUCCGACAUCGGCAGGCUCCACCGCCUCACGGUGCUGAACGUCGCCGACAACGUUAUCUCCGGGAGAAUCCCGCCGUCGCUGACGAACCUCACGAGUUUGAUGCACUUGGACCUCCGCAACAACCAAAUCUCCGGGCCCAUCCCACGAGGCUUUGGCAGGCUUCAAAUGCUGAGUCGGGCCCUGCUGAGCGGUAACAAAAUAAGUGGGCCCAUACCGGGCUCAAUUUCUCAUAUUUAUCGUCUCGCGGAUCUAGAUCUAUCUCGUAAUCAAGUCUACGGGCCCAUACCGGAAUCGCUAGGUAAAAUGGCGGUUCUGUCGACGCUGAAUUUAGAUAUGAAUAGACUCUCAGGAGGAAUCCCUGUGAGUUUUUUGGGUUCGAGAAUCACUGACUUGAACUUGAGCCGGAACAGCUUAGAGGGGAAUAUACCAGACGCGUUCAAUGUAAGGUCUUAUUUCACGGUCCUUGAUUUGUCGUAUAACAAUCUGAAAGGGCCCAUCCCGAAAUCCAUAUCCUCUGCUUCGUAUAUUGGACACUUGGAUUUGAGUCACAACCAUCUCUGUGGCCCAAUUCCAGUUGGUUCGCCUUUUGAUCAUCUCGAAGCGUCGUCGUUUGUCUACAACGAUUGCCUCUGCGGGAAGCCACUCAAAGCUUGCUAAUCUUAGCUAAACAAACUCUCAUAA